AUGAAGGGCGAUCUGGGCCGUCGGUCCGUCAGAUCACGAGCCAUCCAUCCACCACCGCCGAGAGGGACUCCGAGGGAGGACGGGGGAGAAAUGAGCGCGGCGGCGGGCGGGCUGCGGCGGCUGCUGCUGGCGGCGUCGGCGGCGGGGGCCGCGGAGGUGCGGGCGUCCAUCUUCGGCCACGCGCUGAACCCGACGGGGAAGCGCGCGGCGACGAAGCUCCUGGGAUAG